GCACCUGGGCUCCUGACACCCCUGGGACAGGUCAUAUACGCGGUGGUGAAGAAUGUUCUCUGCGGUGAAGCCCUUCGAGAACCAGGAUUAUUACAGCUUGAAGAAAGAGUGCCAGAAGAAGAAGGUUCUCUUCGAGGACCCGCUCUUCCCAGCCAACAAUGAUUCCCUGUUCUACAAGACGCAGCGGGUCCAAGGAGUGCAGUGGAAACGCCCCAAGGAGUUCUGCAAUGAUCCUCGCCUCUUUGUGGAUGGCAUCAGCUCCCACGACUUGCAUCAGGGACAGGUCGGGAACUGCUGGUUUGUGGCGGCCUGCUCCUCGCUGGCUUCUCGAGAGGUCUUGUGGCAGAAGGUGAUUCCCAACUGGAAGGAACAGGAGUGGAACACGGAAAAGCCUGAAAACUACGCCGGGAUCUUUCACUUCCAUUUCUGGCGGUUCGGGGAGUGGGAAGACGUGGUGAUCGAUGACAGACUCCCGACCAUCAAUAAUCAGCUCAUCUACUGCCACUCCAAUGAGACGAACGAGCUGUGGUGUGCGCUGGUGGAGAAGGCUUACGCCAAGCUGACGGGAUGCUACGAGGCUCUUGACGGCGGCAACACAGCGGACGCCCUGGUUGAUUUCACCGGCGGGGUCUCCGAACCCAUCGAGCUCUCGGAAGGAGAUUACAUUAACGACGCCGAUAAGAGAAAUGAACUUUUCGAGCGAGUCCUGAAAGUGCAUAAUCGCGGCGGCCUAAUCAGCUGCUCCAUCAAGGCAAUUUCAGCAUCUGACAUGGAAGCAAAGCUGGCUUGCGGCCUGGUGAAGGGCCACGCCUACGCUGUAACCGAUGUACGAAAAGUGCGCUUGGGCCAUGGGCUGAUGGCAUUUUUCAAAUCAGAGAAACUUGAUAUGAUCAGAAUGCGCAAUCCAUGGGGAGAACGAGAGUGGAACGGGCCUUGGAGUGACAGCUCAGAGGAGUGGCAAAAAGUGAGCAAGAGCGAGCGGGAAAAGCUUGGAGUCACAGUGCAGGAUGACGGCGAAUUCUGGAUGACUUUUGAAGAUUUCUGCAAAUACUUCACUGACAUCAUCAUGUGUAGACUCAUAAACACGUCGUAUUUGAGCAUUCACAAGACCUGGGAGGAGGCGGUGCUGCUGGGUGCUUGGGUCAGGCAUGAGGACCCUUUGAAGAACCGAUCAGGGGGCUGCAUGAAUAACAAGGCCACCUUUCUCCAGAACCCCCAGUUUGUGUUUGAUGUGAAGAAACCGGAGGAUGAAAUUCUCAUAUGCCUACAACAGAAAACCAAAAGGACCACACGGAAAGAUGGGAAAGCACAGAACUUGGCUAUUGGUUUUGAUGUGCUUAGGGUGGAGCUGAACCGCAAGUACCGCAUGCACUCUGUCCAGCCGAAGGUUGCCAGUUCCGUCUACAUAAACUCGCGCAGUGUCUUCUUCAGGAUGGAGCUGAAAGACGGUCGCUAUGUCAUCAUUCCCACCACAUUCGAGCCUGGUGAAACGGGAGACUUCCUCCUCAGAGUCUUCAGCGAUGUGCCUUCAAACUGCUGUGAGCUGACACUAGAUGAGCCGCGGAAAACUUGCUGGUCAGGGAUGUGCGGGUUCCCACAGGUGGUGUCUCAGGUGCACGUGGUCAGUGCUGCAGGACUCAAAAACCAAGACUCUGAAGGAGGGGCUGAUCCUUAUGUCAUCAUUAGCUGUGAAGGGACCAAGGUCCAGUCUCCAGUCAUAAAGGACAACUUGGCUCCCAAAUUUGAUGUCAAAGGCUUGUUCUACCGGAAGAAACCUGGACAGCCUAUUAUUGUGCAGGUGUGGAACCACAACGUGGUGAAGGAUGAAUUCAUGGGUCAGGUGGUCCUCGCCGCAGAAGCCAACAAUCAGCAGUCCCAGCACAGCCUCCCCCUCCAGGACAAGAGUAACAAAUCCAAUCCUCAGGUCUCUGGCUCCAUCCAGCUGGUCCUGUUCACUUGUAACACUCUCACCGGCAUCUAACCGCCACGUGCCAUAAUCGCAGGACAGCCAACUCCGCAGUGGGUGCCUUUGGAAACCCGAGGAUUGCCGGACAGUUGAGUCUCUUCAAAGACGAUGGACGUCUUGGUGUGUCCGCUCGUGUCCGCCUAAUUCCUGAGCUGAACACCGAUCUUCUCUAUCUAUUGCCACAUGGUAAACCUAUCCAGCGAGAUGCAUGCAGCCCUAUGCUUUUCAAAAGCCAAAUCAAAUCCACUUACAGGGAAUGGCAGUCAGUGAUGGUAAUCGGUGACUACGCCACCAUAUCUUGUGUCCUCGUCCAUUUAGGUUUCAUUGAAUAUUUAUACUUCGUGAUGUAUCUACUCUAGGAAGAAUUUAUCACUAUUAACAAAUCAUUAUGUGCGGAUCAUAUCGC